AUUGGUAGAGGUUACAAACAUAAACAAUAUUAGAAAUUAAAUUUUUGAUAUGUUUAUCAAAUUUUGUUAGAAUGCCAUUGGACAUAACAAGACUCACUGAUGGUUGGUUGGAGCUGGAAAGUGAUCCAGGUUUAUUCACUUUAUUACUGGAAGAUUUUGGAGUGAAAGGUGUACAGGUAGAAGAAAUAUAUGAUCUUCAGAAAUCUCUGGAAGGGCCCGUCUAUGGUUUCAUAUUUCUUUUUCGGUGGAUUGAAGAACGGAGAUCAAGAAGAAAAGUUGUCGAUCAAGGUGAAAUUUAUGUUGAUGAUGAAGAAAUUGUUAACAACAUAUUUUUUGCUCAGCAAAUGGUUCCCAAUAGCUGUGCUACUCAUUCAUUGUUGUCUGUGCUCUUAAAUUGCCCAAAUAUUCAUUUAGGAUCUACAUUAACACGUCUUAAGACUCAUACAGUUGGUAUGGAUCCAGAAAACAAAGGCUGGGCAAUUGGUAACACUCCUGAAUUAGCAAGAGCUCAUAAUUCACAUGCUAUGCCACAGGCUAAAAGACGACUUGAUAAAUCUACAGGUGUUUCUACUGGAAGUAGGUACACAGGGGAAGCAUUUCAUUUUGUCAGCUUUGUUCCGAUCAAUGAUAGACUUUUUGAAUUAGAUGGUCUUAAACCAUAUCCUAUUGACCAUGGACCAUGGGCUACUGGAGAAGAAUGGACUGAUAAAGCAAGAAGAGUUAUAGCAGACCGAUUAGGUGGUAAAUACAAUGACAUACGAUUUAAUCUUAUGGCAGUGGUACCAGAUAAGAGAUUAGCCUUACAACAUAAAUUGAACAUGCUUCGAACUAAUCGACAAAUAGUUGUAGAUGCACUGCAGCAGUUAAUGAAUGAUAAAGGAAGUAAAGAAGAUGAGAUAUCCGUUGUAAUUGGAUCUGAGGUCAAAGACUAUGCGUCGCCAAUAAUACUUCAAACAGCUGAAAGUGAAGAAAACAAAUUUGUGGUAAUAAGGGUUGCUAAAGAAUCACAAACCCCAGAUAAUUCCUUGGCACCCAAGGAUUUAUUAGCACUACUAAAAAAUUUGGAUUCUGAAGUUAGUCUGUGUGAAACAUCUCUGAGAGAAGAAAAUGAUAAAAGGAAGAAAUAUAAAAUUGAUGACUGCCGAAGGACUCAUAACUAUGAUGAAUUCAUUUGUACUUUCCUAUCAAUGCUCGCAGAACAAGGAAAACUUGCUGAUCUUGUUCAACCUGCUGUAAUACUUCAGAAGAAAACUGUUCCAAUGAAAGUUGUGCAAAAACUGAAACGGCAGGAUAAAGUAGGAAAAAGAAAAAUAAAGGGAAGAAGAAAAAAGUAAUGACUUAUGAUUUACAUUUAAUUACAAAGAACUGAAUUUCUUUUUAUACUGAACAUGGAAGUAUGUUUGCUAUUCUAUUUUUAAAAUUGAUUCAGUAAAAUAAUGUCAUUAAUGAGAGGGUACACUUUCACAAAAAACUGAUGAAUGUCUGUUCGCUCAUCAAUGAAUGAAUCUUAAGAAAGAAUGGAUCACAAAAUUUUGUUGGAUUAAAUUCUCCUGAGAGAUGGUACAUACUUUGGAUAACAAGUUGGGCACUUGUGAAGAAUCCGGUUGGGACGAAAUCUCCCUUCUUAUCUUAUCUUAUGUCACAUAACCUCCCUUCUUAUCUUGUGUAAGCUGUUAUCCUGUUACAUGUCAGUUAUUUCAUUGUUUAUUGUUCAUUGUUGUUACAUUGUAGGAAUUGUCGUCUUCAGAAGAAGAAGAAGCUACCAAAUAUUUUCAAAAGGCUGGGAUAAUUCCAAUGGUAAAAUUCUGUGAAGAAAGUCAUGAAUUGAAGUUUGACAGGAAGAUGAAAUGGAGAUGCUUUCGUAACAGUUAUAAAAAAAAUGUAUCUUUAAGAAAAGGAACGUGGUUAGAGGGGUCGAAGAUUACCUUUUCAAUUAUCAGUGUUCAGGUUAUAAACAUUGGCAGAUAGCAGUCCAUGCCGUCCGGAUUCUUCACAAGUACCAAAAGUUGUAUCAAUGUAAGGUUCUAAUGCUUUUAUUGAUAAAGUUGCUAAUAAUAGCCUUUGCAUAGAUCAAAUGCAUAAUUUAUUUAGUUGAAUAAUUAUUUUGCAUCUAUCCUAUCUGACUAAAGACUGAGCUAAAGUUUAAUAAUAUUGAAUGAAUAUUAUUCUUAAUUAGGUUUAAUUUACUUUAACUAAGGCAGGAAUAAUGGAUUAUCACUUGGGUAAACAAUCUAUCCCAUCCAUAAUGUGAAGAUUAAGAAUUAUAAAAUGAGUUUCUCCAAGAUGCAACUCAACAUCCAUAAACAAGAUUCGUUUUGGCCCUGCUGCUGACUUAAUUGUCCUGUUCUACUCUUUUUACAUCUUUGUUACCACAGUCUCUGAUCAAUAUCUGUAUUGAUUUUAUAAAAGUUAAUACUUUGUGUAUUUGUUCUUUUAAGCCUACUAACAAUUCUAUAUAGUUAAAUCAACCUCAUUAGAUUGAUAGAUGUGAGGUUUAUCAAUUAUUUAUUAUGAUCUGACUAUUUUUGUAUGAACCUUGAUAUACAUGGAUUCAGUAGGGUGAAUAAAAAUUCUGUAGAGCAAAUCAUUGAUGGAAGAGAAGUUAUGGUCUCACAUUACAAGAAAUUUUUUUUUUUUUUUUUUUGUCUGAAGCAAAUCCUUUACUUAAUACCUGAAUGUCUGUCACUGUCUCUUACUCUCAUUGUCAGUUGUACUGAUGUGGGAAAAGCCUUAAAUUUCUCUUCAGUCGUAAUUGGUGCUCUCUACCUUGAUCAAGGUGCCAUUUGAGGUAAUGUGUUGCCAGGUUGAGUUAAGUAAAGUAUGGCUGUGCAUAGAAUUGUUUAAUGAGAUGAUUUAUUUUAUAUAUACUUUGUGAAUAUUGAGAUUGAUCACUUAUUAUAUUGCUGUUGAGGCAGACUGUUACAUAAUGUAUUUAAUAAAGGAUAUUU